AUGUCAGUGCGGAGCUGUGGGUCGGGGAGGAAGGUGGUUGGCGGUCCCUCUACCACCUCCGCCGCUGCCUCCUCCGCUUGUGCUGCCGCUGCCGGCGCUCGGGCAUGAGACCGUGAGACGGGCGACGGGUCGGGGCCGCCGACAUGUUUGGCCGCUCGCGGAGCUGGGUGGGCGGGGGCCACGGCAAGUCUUCCCGCAACAUCCACUCCUUGGACCACCUCAAGUACCUCUACCACGUUCUGACCAAGAACACCACGGUCACGGAACAGAACCGGAACCUGCUGGUGGAAACCAUCCGCUCCAUCACCGAGAUCCUCAUCUGGGGAGAUCAGAAUGACAGCUCCGUGUUUGACUUCUUCCUGGAGAAGAACAUGUUUGUUUUCUUCCUGAACAUCCUGCGGCAGAAGUCCGGCCGCUACGUGUGCGUUCAGCUGCUGCAGACCUUGAACAUCCUCUUUGAGAAUAUCAGUCACGAGACCUCGCUGUACUAUUUGCUCUCUAACAACUACGUAAAUUCUAUUAUUGUCCAUAAGUUUGACUUUUCCGAUGAGGAGAUUAUGGCAUAUUAUAUAUCGUUCCUGAAAACACUUUCGCUAAAACUCAACAACCACACCGUCCACUUCUUUUACAACGAGCACACUAAUGACUUUGCCCUGUACACAGAAGCCAUCAAGUUUUUCAACCACCCCGAGAGCAUGGUUAGAAUUGCCGUGAGGACCAUAACUCUGAACGUCUACAAAGUGGAUAACCAGGCCAUGCUGCACUACAUCAGAGAUAAGACUGCCGUUCCUUACUUCUCCAAUCUGGUCUGGUUCAUCGGGAGUCACGUGAUAGAACUCGACAACUGUGUGCAGACGGAUGAGGAGCACCGGAACCGGGGCAAACUGAGCGACCUGGUGGCCGAGCACCUGGACCACCUGCACUACCUCAAUGACAUCCUGAUCAUCCACUGCGAGUUCCUCAACGACGUGCUCACCGACCACCUGCUCAACAGGCUCUUCUUGCCCCUCUACGUGUACUCGCUGGAGAACCAGGACAAGGGAGGAGAGCGCCCGAAAAUCAGCCUGCCGGUUUCUCUCUAUCUCCUGUCGCAGGUCUUCUUAAUUAUACAUCACGCGCCCCUGGUGAACUCGCUCGCGGAAGUCAUUCUCAACGGUGACCUGUGUGAGAUGCACGCCAAGAGCGAACAGGAUGUCCCGCGAAGUUGUGCCAAGCCCAGCAUUCGGUGCUUCAUUAAACCCACCGAGACGCUGGAGCGGUCUCUGGAGAUGAGCAAGCACAAGGGCAAGAGGCGGGUGCAGAAGAGACCCAACUACAAAAACGUCGGGGAGGAGGAAGACGAAGAGAAGGGGCCCGCCGAGGACGCCCAGGAAGAUGCCGAGAAGGCUAACGGUCCCGAGGGUGGCUCAAAAGGCACCAAGACGAGUGGGGACAGUGAAGAGAUAGAGAUGGUGAUCAUGGAGCGCAGCAAGCUCCCGGAGUUGGCGGCCAGCACCUCCAUGCACGAGCAGAACACCACGGAUGAGGAGAAGAGCGCCGCAACGGGCUUGGAGAGUGCGCAGUGGAGCAGGUGCUGCCCUCGGGCCCACAUGGGCCGGUGCUGCAGACCGUUCCUAGACAUGGUGUACCAUGCCCUGGACAGCCCGGACGACGACUACCACGCACUGUUUGUGCUCUGCCUCCUGUACGCCAUGUCUCAUAACAAAGGCAUGGAUCCUGAGAAGCUCGAGCAAAUCCAGCUCCCAGUGCCCAGCGCGGCUGACAAGACCACCUACAACCAUCUCCUGGCCGAAAGACUCAUCAGGAUCAUGAACAAUGCUGCCCAGCCAGAUGGGAAGAUCCGGUUGGCGACGUUGGAGCUAAGCUGCCUGCUUCUAAAGCAGCAAGUCGUGGCCAGCACGGGCUGCAUCAUAAAGGAUGUGCACCUGGCCUGCCUGGAGGGCGCCAGAGAGGAGAGCGUUCACCUGGUCCGGCACUUUUAUAAGGGAGAGGAAAUUUUCUUGGACAUGUUUGAAGACGAGUACAGGAGUAUGACAAUGAAGCCCAUGAACGUGGAGUACCUCAUGAUGGACGCCUCCAUCCUGCUGCCCCCGACGGGCACGCCGCUGACCGGCAUCGACUUCGUGAAGCGGCUGCCGUGCGGCGACGUGGAGAAGACCCGGCGGGCCAUCCGGGUGUUCUUCAUGCUCCGGUCCCUGUCCCUGCAGCUGCGAGGGGAGCCCGAGACCCAGCUGCCCCUGACGCGGGAGGAGGACCUGAUCAAAACUGAUGACGUCCUCGAUCUGAACAACAGCGACCUGAUCGCGUGCACGGUGAUCACCAAGGACGGCGGGAUGGUCCAGCGAUUCCUGGCCGUCGAUGUUUACCAGAUGAGCUUAGUGGAGCCCGAUGUGUCCAGGCUUGGCUGGGGAGUGGUCAAGUUCGCAGGCCUGCUGCAGGACAUGCAGGUGACCGGUGUGGAGGACGACAGCCGCGCCCUGAGCAUCACCAUCCACAAGCCCGCGUCCAGCCCCCACUCCAAGCCCUUCCCCAUCCUCCAGGCCGCCUUCGUCUUCUCGGACCACAUCCGCUGCAUCAUCGCCAAGCAGCGCCUGGCCAAGGGCCGCAUCCAGGCGCGGCGCAUGAAGAUGCAGAGGAUAGCCGCCCUCCUGGACCUCCCGAUCCAGCCGACGACCGACGUCCUGGGGUUUAGACUUGGCUCCUCUUGCACCCAGCACCUGCCUUUCCGCUUCUAUGACCAGUGCCGCCGGGGCAGCAGCGACCCCACCGUGCAGCGCUCCGUGUUCGCGUCGGUGGACAAGGUUCCAGGCUUUGCCGUGGCCCAGUGCAUCAACCAGCACGGCCCACAGUCCCUGUCCUCGCCUCCGCCGUCGGCCAGCGGGAGCCCCAGCGGCAGCGGGAGCACCAGCCACUGUGACUCUGCAGGCGCCAGCUCGUCGUCCACCCCUUCCGCUGUCCAGAGCCCGUCAGAUGACCCCAUUACUACGGAGCAGCCUCAGCCUAACCUUCCCAACCAGCUGGUGAUCGUCAGCGAAACAGAAGCAGAUGCCGGGCCCAGCCGGAGCCUGGCGAGGAGCGCAGAGGGGGAGACAGUCAGCCUGUCCCCCAGCCUCAUCCCCGCCCAGCAGCCCACCAUCUCCCUGCUCUGUGAGGACACUGCCGACACCCUGAGCGUGGAGUCACUGACCCUCGUCCCUCCGGUCGACUCCCACAGCCUCCGCACCCUCACCGCCAUCCCCCCACCACCUGUGCCAGCCUCAGUGACACUGGGCGAGGAGCCGGCGGGCUCCGCUGAGAACUAAGGGGGCGCUGAACUGCCUCCCUCUGUGUGUGUGUGUGUGUGUGUGUGUGUGUGUGUGUGGCCCCACUGGGAGGGACCCAGUACAGCUGACUCCGAGACACAUCGGGAGCACCCCCCAGUCCCCGCGGCCCCAGCACCAUGUCUGCGACCUUUGCUCCGUUUGACGCUCUGUCUCACUUUGCACCUCUUGGAGAGCAGGCUGGACCCGGGGGGGACACCCAGGUGACGGGAGGAGACCGGCGCCCCUGGGGUGGCAGGACCCCCACACCGUCUCAUCAGCCGGCCGCUCCAGUCUGCAAACUGCUUGGCCACCAUGCCUGGAGUGCACGGGAGACGCAGACCAAGGCGCUUCGGCUAGAAAUUUGUAGAGAAACAGACUCUGAUAAGCAUCUCCUUUGGAUAUUUAUUUCAGCUUUUGGCAGCAGAUGAAAAGCAUUUACUUAAAAAGCGUCUAUUUAAAAGAAAACGUUCUCCCCCCCAAAAAAAUCCUCAACCCUGAGGUUUGACGUCAUGUUAGAAGUAUGAUAUUACUGGUAAGAUUUCAUUUUCGUUUUCCCUUGAACUUCCUAGUGUUUUGUUCGCAAGUUCUCAGUCUGGCUUUGCCAACUUUCUUACUUCUCUCCGACUCACUAAGUCUGCAAGCCUGUGGAAUGAUCAAAGGAACUUCCUGGAAAGUUCGGAUUAUUUUUUAAACAAACCUAAGGGAGAUACACGAAUUCUCAGGUACACACAGAGCCGAGAGGGCCAGAGGCUUCUCGGGCGUGGUAGGGGCCUUGCUUUCCCGGAGGACCUUCCCGGGAAAGGGGCCGCCGCAGCCGGCUCCCCACUCAGGACCCAUCCUUCGAGUCUCCAGACUAAAGCCAGUCGGGACCUGCGCCCAGCGCCACCUUCAGAUCUUGCCGUCUCUCUCUGGCUGGAAAGAACCACUUGGGACCGUGCGGCCCCGUGGCCGGGAUGGACAGGAAAGGCCGGGGGGGCUGACCUCUGGGUGGCCUGCACACAGGCGGGUCGGGGGGACCCCGCUGCAGGAGCGCGCCCCGGCUCGAGGAGCUGUCCAGGGAGCUCAGGGCCGCCGCCCUUCCUCUUGGCUGCCCCUGCAGAGUCGAAAGCUUUUUAAAAACGACCCCGCCCCCUCCCAGUUGCUUCUUUAUUUGAGCUGGACACGUGCAGGCCAGUUCUCCGACGUAUCUGAGAGAGCACCUUCGGUGACAGGCACAGCCUCGCGGCCCUCGCCUCUCUGGUCAGCGCUGAGACCUUCCGACUUGUCCCCAGCGCAUGUGAGACUGCCGGCUUUACUGGCCUCCCCAUCCUGCUGAGGCUGGGCUUCCACCGCCUCACGCAGAGGAGGGGCGUGGUGCCCGUGGGGAUGGGCCGUCCGCCGUCAGAGGCCCCCCAUGUAGGUGUGCCCACCCAACUUCAACAGGGAAGAGACUCGGCUCGGAAAAGGAAGCCGAUUAGGCAGAAAUCCCAGGGGCCCUGGCAGACGGGCCGGGCCCCUCCAGAAGAGCCCCCCAGGAAGAAAAGGCGGGUGGGGACGGGAGAAAGGGUCCGGGUGCCAAUGAGGAGAAGGGGCAUGUCAGCAGUCCCACGUUCUAUGCAACUUUUCACUGGGACGGAAGAGCAGGCUGGCACCCUGGUUUGUGACUCUGGGGCAGAAGUAGAAGGUGAGUAACGUCGCAGCCCCGUGGCAUCAUCGGGAAGAAGAAGCCCACACAGGUGGACCCAGCGCUCCCCUCCCCCCCCGGACCACCAGCCUGCCACCCAGAGCCCUGUGGCUCCCAGUGGCUUCGUGGCCACCUAGCACUGAAGGAGAGGGUGGGAGAGGGUGGAGCACAGUGUGCCUGGGCGGUCCUGUGACAGCCCUGUGGCAGCCUUGCUGGGGCUGUGAGCCAGGACUGUGGCCCUGCCUCCAAGAGCAGGUGAACAGAAGGUGCUGAUGGCCAAGGGCAGGCCGCUCCCCGAGGUGGGCUCGCGGUGCUGGUCCUGCCGCCUCAGCGGGACACCCUCAGGUGUGGCUCCCAGGCACCUUACUGGGGAGGGGGAGGAGGUCAGGGCUCUAGAGCAGGUUGGCCUUGAUGAAGGUCCAGCCCUGCGGGGUCUUGACCAUGGUGACAGCAGCGGGCAUGGCCGCAUCUUCAGGAGCGGCCCGCAAACCUGACAGCGGGGUGCUCCGAGGCAGGCCAGCCCGGGCCAAGGGCACUUGGGCCCCAGGGUCGGGCAGAGAGAGGCAGAGCCAGGCACCCUGGCAGAGCAGGAGUGGGGACCAUGAAUCUCCUGGACUCCGAUUUCGGGGGUCGGCUUCGGCAAGCCCACCCAACCUACCAUCUCCACGUCCCUACAGAGAGAGGGGCCAGGGCCGCCCCCCGAAAGACCAGUGGGGCCAGUGAGUUUGCCAAGCCAGGAGCGGAGCUGGCCGCGUAAGCCCCCAAACCUCAGCUUUGAAAGUUGCUGUGGAGACAAGCUGGCCUCAUUCCAGCUUUGGGACCCGAGUGAGCAAGGGAGUGAGCGAGGGUCCUACGGGGCAGGCGAGGCCGGGAGCUCCCCAGGACCAGCCCCAAGGCCGCAGCAGGAAUGUGGGGCAGAUGAGGGGCAGGGAGCAGGCCUGCACCCCUGCACGCCUUCCCUCCCUCUCCCUCCGACCCGGCUGCUCCCCGCUCUCUGCAGAAGGCAGCCCCCCACCUCAACACCCGCGUUCGCAAGCCCCUCAGGCGGGAGUGGAGAGACAGACCUCUUCAAAGACAUACACUAGGUUUCUCUAGGGUCUCACGAUACAGUUAGAAACAAAGGCACGGGGUGAACGGAUGGAUUCUCAUCUUCUCUAGACGCAAUAAAUAAGAAACAUUUAAGGUAGUCAUGUUGACGUUGGGCAUAAACCAUCAGGGUCCCUUACAUUCCUCUGAGAUGAAAAUAUGUAAAUAAUUCUUGUCCCGAGGAGGAGCAGGGUUGGGAAACCUCCCGCUUCCGGGCCGAGGGACCGUUCCAGGGAAGUACCUGCCCUCGCCGGCGUGACUCAUGCUUUGUGGGCACCGAACCCGAGGGUGGAAAUGAAAACUGGAACUUCCUGGUAAAUUUGAACUUGGCAAUAAAACAGAAAGUUACCAAGAA